AUGGGCUCGGGGAGGACGCUGAAGUUCGCCCUGUGCGAAGUGCUGCAGUUUGCAGGCCUGUGCGUGCCCCUCUUCAUCGUCAUGCAGAGGUUUGCCAUCAUCGUAGCAAAGGUCAAAACGUCGGCGCAGCCCCCCGGCGACGGCAGCACGGCCUACUGGCUGAUCGUGGCCUCCUCCAUCGCCUACGUCACCUCCACCGCCCUGCUGGUCUGGGUUCCCCUGAAGUAUAUGGUCUUCAUGAAGAAGAAGUUUCUCAUUGGGAGGAAGAAGUGGAGGCCGGUGGCCCUCGUAUAUGUGAUCCUGUCCACAUUACCCUGCUUUGCCUUUCUCAUCGCCAGCUCUGAGGUUCAGAUAAACAACAACAUGAAACAUGAUACGUUCACAGAGCUCCCCGUAUCACUAGUCCUCUUCUCGCUCAUCUGUAUCGACGUUGUGGAGAGGAUACGUCACUGCAGACUGACCGGCCAGGCUAGUGAUAUGGAACGAGAUGCUGAAAUCCCCUCCACUGUCCUCACACAUGUGGAACAGGUAACACCAGUAGCUCCAAUUACUCCAGCUGUGCCGGGGCCAGCUGUGCCGGGGCCAGCUGUGCCCGGACCAGGUGUGCCCACUCCUUUGCAACCUGGAGCGAACCAGCUCAACGACAGGAACCAGAACGGAGCAGGGGCUCGACCAGAGACCAACGGGAUGGUCCCGGGGCUACCGGGCAACACCGGGAGGCCGUUUAGUAUCUCUGGGUUGAGCUCACGAUCAGCGAGCACCACAGCGUACCGCUUAUCUCCCUACGCCUACACGGGGCCUCUGAGGUUUCUGUGUGCCAGUGACGCCCGAGCUGACGUGUUUGUGGACAGCUUUAUGUUCUGGAUGGACACGGUGGAGAUGGUGAGAGUAGCAGGACAUCCUCUGGUCUACUUCUCAGGGUGGGUGUUCCCCAUCUACAUCUUCAGCUACGUGUCCUGCCUGCGGGUGGUGGUCAUGCCCCACAGCCCCCUGCUGUCCUCACUCGGAGUGGCCCUGCAGGAUUUACCCUUCUUCUUCGUGCGAGUCGGCCUCAUCGCCUUCUUCGGCUUUGUCACGCCUAUCCUCUAUCUGAUGAAGAACCUGUUGGUCUGUCUGGCCUUUGUCUAUUUCAACUUUAUGACCAAGCUGAGGGUCUUCAACACAGAGAGACUGUUCUUUUGA